CCAAUUACGAGAGCUCUUGAAGAAGGGCAGUUUAAACUUGCCCAACAACUUAUUCUCGAAAAUACGGAUCGCAGCUAUCUUGAUGAAGGAAUAUGUGUAUGUGAAGAGCAUUAUAGGAACCAAGCGUGACUCAAAAGAAUGGCAGUGUAAACACUCUGUGGAAGAAAAGUGAAUUUACUUUCUUAAGGAGAUCAAAAAUCCUGAACACAAAUGACAACUGCUAAAAUUAUGGAAUGCGGAAUCAAUCUUACAGUGCCAGCUUAACUGCAAGCUGACUUGCAAGGAGUUUUAUUAAUAUGCAGAAGGGAAAGGAACUUGCUGAAAAAGGUGAAAUCUUCUGAAAAAUAUAGUGUACUAACUACUUUUGCUGCAACAAGUUCCAUGUAAUUGUUUUCUAAAUAAAAAGUAAUUGUAUUAAAAAAAUGUUUUACUUAAUUUCUGUGCCAUCUCAGUGUGUCCCAACGAGGUCCCAGCUAGGUAUGGCAACCCUAAGUGUAUCGGGCUGCGACAACCCACAGUUUGUUGUAGAAACUACAAAAGCAAUGUUGGUGACUGAACUGAAUUGUGAUAAAACUUGAGUUGAAUGUUUUCACAUGCUAUGGAAGAAUAUAGACAUGCUGAAGAAAACUUAAGGCAUUGACAAUUAUGUAUGUUUGCUCCUACUCCAUCUUAGAAGGCCCUUUUGUGAAAAUACCAUUGGCACUAGUACUAUCAGGAGAUCCAGAGUUUAGAAAACAUCAAAGACAUUUGGGUUUAGCAAAGUUACUAGUUGAACGUGGAGCAAAUCCUAACUUACGCAUACCAACAUCGGAACUUCAGCGAGCAAGUCCAAGUCCUAUGGAAUACUUAAUAAACCUGCUUAGUAGCACAAGGGAUGUUGUAUUACAACAAAGUGUGUUCGUUUCCAGUGAUCAGAGUGCAAGCAGCCUAGAGUCAGGAGAAGAGGAAGAGGACAUCACUAAUCCAUUACGAACAAUAGGCCUUAAUGGUGAAGAGAAAUUAUCUGCCAGUGAACUUCGUGAACAGCUCCUCAUGCUUCUUGAUGUAUUUCUAGCUAAUGGUGGGGAUCCUAAUGUAACAACAGGCAUAGCAAACUCUACAUUAUUCCACAUUGUUUUAUCUGAGAAUGACCCAGAUAUGGAAGUGGCACUGAAAUUGUGUGAAGCAGGUGGAAACCUGAACAUUCCUAAUGGUCAUGGUACUACACCCUUAAUGGACGUAAUAUCAUAUGCUGAUGGUGAUGCAGCUCUUGAUAUUCUGCAGAGAAUUUGGGACAAAAAUCCUGAUAUAUCCUCAUUAGAGUCACAGAACUCUUCAAAUGAAACUGCAUUGUGGCGUGCUAUGCUGGCUGGUUCCCCUCAGUUGGCAAUGGAUUUAUUACACAGAGGUGCUGAUCCAGGACAUCGCGCAAAAGUGUAUGCUGCUAGGUGGCACAGACUACCUUCAGCAGACCAAACUAACAGACUUUUUGGAGUGGAGGCGACCUCAAAUGGUGUUUCUGCACUCUAUGCGCCUUUGUUGCAGCAGUCAUCUCCAUACAUUAAUCAUUCAUCAGUUUUCACACACUCAAGACUGGAAACUAUAGAAAGACCUCUGCCAUUCAAUGUUAAUUUGAUGAAUAAAGUUAUGGCAUGUGCAGUUUACCCUGUUGUUGAUAAUACAUACACCUCAGAACUUUUCACUCCAAAUGUACUUGAAGAACUGGAGAAAUUGCUGUCUAGUGAAACUAAAUUUGAUGCACAAGAAAUGCUGCUUAAGGGAAUAACAAUGCAAGAAAUAGGUAUACUGUUGUUUGGACAUGUAAAGGCAGGACUGCAACAAUUGUGCGUCCGGCAGAUCUUGCACCAUAUAUUAUUCGAGAAACCAUUGGCUCAGGCAUUUGAAUUGCUUACUAAUUUAAAAGGCGCAGAAGAUGAAAAAAAAGAAGAAAUGAAGACCGCAGUCACAGUGCCUGCUGUAGAUGCUAUAGAAAAUUGGGAUGAUGACUUAAUUGAAACUGAUAAUGUACAAGCUCGUCCAACUUUUGAAUCAAGUUCAGAUGACGUAAAUUCUGAUGUGUCAGAAUGUAGCAAAGAAUACUGUGGUGUAAAUCCAAAUUUGAUAAAGGAUCAUUGGAACCUAAUACAUAAGCUGUGUCCUUCUGUCAUUCACGAAUUAGUUGUAUCUGUAUUAAACCUUCCCUCUGUGUUAGUUCCUCGUUUUGAAAUUGAAGCUGCACGUUUACAAUUUGGUGCUUCUAUGUAUACAUAUGAACAUGUGGGGAGCAUGGUAGACUGGGAAGGAAUGUCUUAUGAGGGAUCAACAGAGCAAUUUUGGGAUAUUGUUGAUGAUGGAGACUUUGACAUGACGUACGCAAGUGACAGCUAUGAUGAUGACGUUGAUGAUGACUCUGACUAUUGUUUGUUUGUCCGGCAUCCACCAAUCACUAGUAAUUCAUUCCCAUUAAUGUCAUCAGUACCUACUACUUCUUCUUCAGAUGAAGAUAUCUUAUAUCCUUGCAAUAAUGAAUCCGCUGCAACUGAGGCAGUGACAGGUAUCACACAAGUACAGAAAACUGCCAGAAAUGUGUCGUCUCCAUCAGAAUACAGUGAAGUUGAUCAGAAUAGCUUGGAUAUUGAUGCAGCCAAAGACAUUCAUGAAAGUGAAGCUACUAAUUCUGGAAACUGUAGUUCGGGAGAGCAAGUUCCAUCAAGUGUGAGAAGGGAUGAGUAUCAGAAACUCAACUGUGAAGUUUGCAGCUGCAGCACCAGCUCCCCAGAAACUAGUUCCAAUAAUAGUACAAGUAGUAAUGAAACGACAAAUUCAAGAUGAACGUAUAUGGGCAAUGUAAAAAAACCUGAUCUGCAUUUCUGUUUAAGGUGGAAAGUGAUGUAUUGGACUUUGAAAGGCUGUGAAUUUAUUAUGUAACUUACAUAAAACUUUAUUUUUUUUGGCUACAAUCAUUUUGUUUAUUACUUUCUAUGUGUGUGCAAUCAAAAGCAGGUGUUUGCUAAUGUCUGCUAUUCUAGAAUAUUUCACUGAUUGGUGGAAGGUCCCACACAUUGUCAAGCAUUUUGUUCCACAGGAAAAAAAUUAAUAAUAAUAAAUAAAUAAAUGUCUUGUAGGUGUAAUGUAUGCAUGAAAAUCUAUGAAUUAGACAUGUACUAUACUAUUCAGUUGUACAAAUUUCGUUUUCCAAUUUCCACAGUCUUCUUUAAUGGUUUUUCCCCCAUCAAAGUGAAAUUCCAACAAAUUAUACAUGUUUAGCUUUUGUCAAAGAAAUUAAUAAACAUAGAAAUGAAAUUCUUA